AUGUCGGACUCGGGACUCACGGCUGCCGGGAGCAGUACGUACUCGUCAAACACACUCCAUGUCGGAGAUGGAACAUGGGACUCGCAGCGCGACACGUUCUUGUUGCCCAAUCUGAUGGGUGUGAACUUUGAGACGAUGCGAUACAAUGGCAUGGGCAAUCGCUUCAAAGAUAUGACCGGAUACCACUCCAUAAUCAUCGCCCACGGUGUCAUCGCAACAAUUGUCUUCUUGGGUAUCGUCCCAAUUUCAACCUUGAUCAUCCGAUACUACUCCAGAUGGAAUCCUUACUGGGCAUUCAAGCUUCAUGCUUGGUGUCAGGUUAUGACGCUCCUUUUGACAACAGUGGUGUUUGUACUUGGCUGGUUUGCAGUAGGACCGGAGAGAAGCCUGACCAACCCACACCAUGGCAUUGGCCUGGCAAUCUAUGUUAUGGUCAUUUUCCAGGUCCUGUGGGGUUGGCUUACGCACAAGAUGGAGAGUAAGAGGAAACGACAUCGCAUUCCAUUAAAACUAGUGAUCCACCGCUGGCUCGGCCGAACUUUGGCAAUCCUGGGAGUCAUUCAGAUCCCCCUAGGUCUGACAUUGUAUGGAUCGCCUAAAGUGCUGUUCAUUUUGUAUGCGCUAGCGGCAUUCGCGCUGCUUGUCACCUAUUUCGUACUGUCUUAUCUCUACGACGACGAAGGAUACCAUUUACCAAGUGAGCAUGGCAGCCGAUAUGACGGCCCGUCAGUCAUCGAGGAGCAACAUCAUCACAGCGGCCUCGGGGGUGCCUUAGCUGGAGGUGCUUUGGGUGCUGGAUUGGCUUCUAUGUUCCGACGACGACCACGGAGCCGUACCACCAGCCAAGCAUAUGAAGAAUCCCGAACGUCCUACUCGGACGAGAAAUACUCGGACGAAUCUUCUCGCCAUGGCGGAGGCGGUGGCUGGGGCAAGAAGAUCUUAGAGAUCGGUGCACUGGCUGGCGGUGCCAUGCUUGCCAAAAGCUGGUGGGAUCGUCGAAAGAAGCGCGAGGAAGACUCUGAAGCGGGACGCUAUAGACCUGCUCACUCCAGGACUGACAGCUAUACCGAAGACUCUUUCAGUCGCCUAGAGGAAGGGCGGCCAGAGCCUACUCAUCACGCACCACUUAAUCACCCCCAAGCCGGCCGCCAAGCAGACCCCAGAGCCCGGGAUCCUCGUACUAUUAUGACAGCGCCUACUCGACAGAGCCCCCGAGGCGUCCCUCGCAUGGACCGCGGUAAGAAGGACGACGAGGAAAAGCGCCGAAUGGAGGAAAUUCGCCGUCAGGAUGAGGAAGACGAGCGACUCCAAAGAGCCAACAGCAAACGGCGCCAGCAGACAGAAGGAUUCUAUCCUCAACGCCGUCGACCAAGUUCGUAUACCGAAAGUGACCUCACGCCAACCGAUUUUACCCCUCGUCCGCCACGUCACCCAUCCCAUGGCGACUCUCUCCUUUCACCGGAACCUGUUGCAUCAGGCGCUGUUCCAGUUCAUGGAACCCAUUCCGACAUUCCUCCUGUUCCACCAGCGCAUCAGCAUGUUUCUGGUGAUUUGAUUUCUGAGGUACCGCCUUCUUCGCAUGAUGGUGAAGAAUGGGCAACAGGCGCCGCCGCUGGUGCUGCCGGCGCAGCAGCGUUGGGAGCUGCCAGCAAUCGUCGCAGCAGCGUAGGCCGCCACCGUGACGAUAGUCGACAUCGGGACGAUAGUCGACGCCGAGAUGACAGUCGGCAUCGCGAGGACCAUGUUGAGUCUCCACCGGUAUCAGUCAAGGUCAAGAUGCACGGCGACGGGCGCCAUGUCACUCUCCGCCGGUUGACUGAGCAAGAGGCCGCGGCCAGUCGCGAAGCCAGACGUCGAGAACGCCGCAACUCUCGCCGACGCGCAGGCAGUGCAAGCUCUCUAUCUGGUGACGAAGGGCGUGAGAACGAUCGUUGGCGGCGUGUCGAGGAGAUGGAGCGGAGACAAGCGGAGCAGAUUCAACGUGAGCAGGCCGCGGCUGUGGCGGCGAUGCACACAACUGGUGCUCCCUCAGGAAGCAUUCCCUCUUUCGCCCCGCCCCAUUCGCAAAUCAGCGAUAUGCCACCACCGCCUCCAAUUCCUCAGGCUGCACCUUCGAGCAUGCCCUAUGGCCCAGGCAGUGUCACCUCGCCCACAUGGACAGGCACCGAGGCCAGUGGGUCUUAUGCCAAUAAUCGUCGACGUCGACGAGCAGAGCGGGCACGAGCACGCCAAGAACGACAGCAGCAUGGCGUGGAGUUUGAGUGA